CUGAAUUUUUUUUUUUUUUGUAAAUAACUGGCCAACACAUCCAUGUCGGCAGCUUUUCUUUCGUGUUACCUUUUGGUGUUCGUGAUUUUGAUGCGAUGAGAAACCAUCGCCUACUCGUAACAGCAUCAGGAAUUUCUCUGGUACUGGGAACAAGUUUAGGAGUAUGUAUAGAGAAACUGAGACUAUACAAAAACUUAAACAAUGUUCUUUUGCCUAUUCCGUCCCUUCAGGCUCGGGAACUUUCUGUUGCACAAAAAAAUGACGGCUUGGUUCCUAAUGAGCCAAUGCCAGGCAACAGGGUUGCCCAGAUAAUGAGAUUCGGUUUUCCCAGUAUGAGCAACCUUCGUUCGUAUGGUAAUUAUGUUUUAUCCUACGAUCAAAGAACACGAUGUCCAAAUUGGGUAUUUGAACAUUUGACACCCGAGAGUCUGAAGGAGAAACACGCCGAUAGAAAAUCAUGUAAUUUUGAGGAAGAUCCUUCAAUCCAUGCUUACUUUAGGGCGACAGAUCGAGAUUUCUCCGGGAGUGGUUACGAUAGAGGACACAUGGCUGCAGCUGCGAAUAAUCUACAAUCAUGGAGAAAUCUUCAAGAAACAUUUUAUUACAGCAAUAUAGCACCACAGGUUGGUGAAGGAUUUAACCGAGGUAUUUGGAAUAAAUUAGAAAAAUAUGUUCGUUCAGUUGCCAGGAAAAGCAAGAAUGUCUAUGUCUGUACUGGACCUCUUUAUUUACCAAGAGCGGCACCUGAUGGAAAGGUUUACAUCAAAUAUGAAGUGAUCGGUAAAAACCACGUGGCAGUACCAACCCAUUUCUUCAAAGUAGUGUUGAUUGAGAACAAUGAAGGAGAAUACGAGCUAUUGUCUUUCAUGCUUCCCAAUGAGGCUCAAACUGAUGAUAAAUUACUAAAGUAUUUCACUAUAGACAUUGAGAAAAUUGAACGGGCUGCUGGCCUCCUAUUCUUUGACAAAUUACCAAAAAGUCAACUUAAAUCCAUCAACAAACAGGAAACCAAAAUCAGGAAAUGGUCAUAGGGAUUCUUGAAAGCAAGCAAUGUUUUGUAUUCACGCCUUGCACCUGCUUGUUAUAUCUGAUGUAGUUUUUUUCAUAUUUUGAUAAUCAAUUAUAUGUGUAAUACAUAUAUAUAUAUAUAUAUAUAUAUAUAUCAUCACCAUCAUUAUCAUGCCAGCAUAGAAGAUGAGUUUCUGUGCUGGUAUGGAUUGGAUGGUUUUCUUUGGACCUGCUGGAUUCUGCCAAACCAUCUAACAGGGAUGAUGAUGAUGAUGAUGAUGAUGAUAUAUAUGUAUAUGUGCACACACAUACACACAUAUGUGAGUGUGUGUGCAUAUAUAUAUAUAUGUGUAUUUGUGUAUGUGUAUGUAUAUAUGUAUGUGUGUGUAUGUGCGUAUAUUUAUAUAUACACACCCACAUACACACACACAUGUAUAUGUAUGUAUGCAUGAACCAAUUAUGCACUAAACUGCAGUCAUUCUCUACCAUAUCUGUAGUGUGAGUAAGCCUUCUUUCUGCAACGAUUCUAAAUAACCAUUAUUACCAUUCUCUUUCAAAUUUUGUUUAAUUCUCCUCAGAGAGAGAAUACUAUUUCAUUGAGCUCCCCCUAGAGAGAAUUAUCUCUAAUAGACCUUUGUAGUUAUUUUGCUCAGCCAAGUGGUUUAAUUUACAUAAAAUUAAUUAAUUUAUUCAUUUAUUUAUUAUACAUUGAAAUAAUUUUCCUUGUUUGUUAUAUCUGUGGUUUUGUUUCAGGUAAACUGUUUUUUUCUCAACAUUCUAGAAUGGUUGUGUGUUGUGAAAAAAGGCUUAUCUUGCACUAUACUCCAGAUAUAUCAGAUACAUACAUACAUACAUACAUACAUACAUACAUACAUACAUACAUACAUACAUACAUACAUACAUGUAUGUAUGUAUGUAUGUAUGUAUGUAUGUAUGUAUGUAUGUAUAUAUGCAUGUAUGUAUAUAUGCAUGCAUGUAUGUAUGUAUGCAUUAUUUUAAUAAACUUUUAUUAUAACAAGUAAUAUUUUAAAGAAUUUAGUGCUAGGUUUAGUUAUGUCAAAUAUGCUAUUUUUAUCUAUGUUAACCACAUAUGAAUCUCCUGACAGAAAUGUUAACAUAACUAAUUAAAUAGGUAUUAAGUUUCUUUUAUUAUAUACAUUACAUGCCAAAGAUAUUUUUUAACUAGGAUAUGAUUCAAAUAAGUUAAAAGUAACACAUAACUCAUGGCUCAUAACAUAAGACAUAUGACUCAUGACUCAUGACACAUGACUAAUAAGUCAUCUGUUGUGAUUUGUUAUAGAUAUUCCACUGUUCACUGAACUGUUCGAUAAUGUUGUCAGUUUAUUUGGGAAUGUGACUUACAAAGGACUUCUGUCCUAUCCCUGAGAUGGAGGAAAAUUUCUCUUUCCUCUGCUUUUUUGCAGCAAGGCAUGGAACUAAAGACCACCAGGUCUCAAUUGAUUCAAUGCUCAGAACUUAGGAGGAGAAUAUCAACCAUGAUGUGAUAAGUGCCUCGUACUUCUGAGAUCAAAGCCUGCCGACAUUGAUUUUGAUUUACUAUCGAUGUGUAAAGGGGAUGUUGUGUGGCUGGGAGUAGGGGGUGGUGAAAUCAAUAUUAUUAACCAAGCAGUAAUAAUAUAUUGAGAUUUGAUUCCAUCAAACUCUGUUUUACCCCUUAUUAAAGAAGAAAUUAAUAUCCUCUACAACUUUGAUCCUUAAACGGAAUAUUAAUAAAAACAAAAAGAAAAAAAAAAGUAAUGUCCAUUGUCUUCAUCCAGUCCAUGAGAAUGAAAACAAGAAAAUGAAAAAAAAGUUUACAUUAAGAAAUACAAAAUUCCAUAAAAAAAACUCCCGCAGUUUCUUCUUUCAUU